CGGUAGUUUAUUGUUGCGACAUUUUCUGAAGGUGCACAGACUCCCCUGCGGUAUUGACGCCUGAGGGGAAGUCACUAGGUGCUGUCAGGGCCUGCUGGAGGGGCAGAGCCCAUGUGGCUGCCUUAUUUACUAACACUCAGGGAUGGGGGAGGGUUCGCCCUGCCCUGCUCCCAAGGCCUGAGACGCUGGGGUGACAGGGGCUGUCACUGUCACCGAUGUGGAGGAGUCGCCCCUAGCAACCAGUUAUCUGGUUGCUAUGGCAGCGCCACUGCUUGUUGUCAUUAGUUUUAGUAAAUAUCUAGAUCAGGGAUCAGCAGCAACCUUCUGCAGAGAAACUACAUCUCCCAGCAUGCACACUGGCUCAGCUGUUCGUGUAACUCCCACACAAGUGAAAGGAGGAUUCUGGGAGUUGUAGUUUCAGAACAGCUGGAGGUUCCUGAUUCCUGAUCUAGAUGGUGAAUCUGAGCAGUUAGGUAAGAUGUACUGCCGAUCAUGCUGUCCAGAAGUGUCAUACAGGUCUUGUCCAGAAGGAAGUGAUUCUUAUGAUCUGGGUGUCUCGGUCAUGGUAACGUAAUUAUAGGGACCACAAGACGUGUUUCCAAAGUGUUGACAUUUUAAAAGGAUUUACUUUUGGGGGGUAAAGCAAAGCCUUGAUGUUAUAGAUCUUGAUAUUUACUUUCUAAACCUGCUCUCGUCAAAAAUUGGCCAAUUCACUUUGCUGGAUAGAAGGAAGUUAUUAAAUAACUUGUCAUUAGUAAUCUGACUGCUUCUGGCUUGAUGAUUAGUGAGGGUAGUCUUCUUCUGGCUGGUGUGGUGAUUAGUGAGGGUAGUCUUCUUGUGGCUGGUGUGGUGAUUAGUGAGGGUAGUCUUCUUGUGGCUGGUGUGGUGAUUAGUGAGGGUAGUCUUCUUCUGGCUGGUGUGGUGAUUAGUGAGGGUAGUCUUCUUGUGGCUGGUGUGGUGAUUAGUGAGGGUAGUCUUCUUCUGGCUGGUGUGGUGAUUAGUGAGGGUAGUCUUCUUCUGGCUGGUGUGGUGAUUAGUGAGGGUAGUCUUCUUCUGGCUGGUGUGGUGAUUAGUGAGGGUAGUCUUCUUCUGGCUGGUGUGGUGAUUAGUGAGGGUAGUCUUCUUCUGGCUGGUGUGGUGAUUAGUGAGGGUAGUCUUCUUGUGGCUGGUGUGGUGAUUAGUGAGGGUAGUCUUCUUGUGGCUGGUGUGGUGAUUAGUGAGGGUAGUCUUCUUGUGGCUGGUGUGGUGAUUAGUGAGGGUAGUCUUCUUGUGGCUGGUGUGGUGAUUAGUGAGGGUAGUCUUCUUGUGGCUGGUGUGGUGAUUAGUGAGGGUAGUCUUCCUGUGGCUGGUGUGGUGAUUAGUGAGGGUAGUCUUCUUGUGGCUGGUGUGGUGAUUAGUGAGGGUAGUCUUCUUGUGGCUGGUGUGGUGAUUAGUGAGGGUAGUCUUCUUGUGGCUGGUGUGGUGAUUAGUGAGGGUAGUCUUCUUGUGGCUGGUGUGGUGAUUAGUGAGGGUAGUCUUCUUGUGGCUGGUGUGGUGAUUAGUGAGGGUAGUCUUCUUGUGGCUGGUGUGGUGAUUAGUGAGGGUAGUCUUCUUGUGGCUGGUGUGGUGAUUAGUGAGGGUAGUCUUCUUGUGGCUGGUGUGGUGAUUAGUGAGGGUAGUCUUCUUGUGGCUGGUGUGGUGAUUAGUGAGGGUAGUCUUCUUGUGGCUGGUGUGGUGAUUAGUGAGGGUAGUCUUCUUGUGGCUGGUGUGGUGAUUAGUGAGGGUAGUCUUCUUGUGGCUGGUGUGGUGAUUAGUGAGGGUAGUCUUCUUGUGGCUGGUGUGGUGAUUAGUGAGGGUAGUCUUCUUCUGGCUGGUGUGGUGAUUAGUGAGGGUAGUCUUCUUCUGGCUGGUUCUGGAUCGGUAACUAGUGAGGGUAGUCUUCUUCUGGCUGGUUCUGGAUCGGUGACUAGUGAGGGUAAUACAGGAGUAGUACUGCACAUAAAGAGUUCAGAUCACUACUUUUUAUUUUUCUACAGCCCUUGUUCCUCUGCCAUCAGCGCUGAAGUACACCGUCCGGGCUGCUGUGCUGUCAUAAUGGAGAGGACUGAUAUGCGCAGCAGUCCUGAUAAUGUAUUUCUGCACCGCUUUCAGUGCUGACAGUGGAGGAACAAAGGGAAGUAGGAAAAAAGUGAUCUGGGUUUGUUAUCUGCAAUACUUCUCAUGUAUUACUGCUGAUAGUAGUCCAAGAUCCAGAAUAGGACAUGUCCCACGGAUGUGUGCAUGACCACAUAGAAAUGAAUGGGAUAGUGUGUUAUCUGCAAAAAUGCACCAGCACAGGUUGCCUGUUGGGCUACCCUGUUUCUAUCCGUCUGCUCCACAAUCAGUUCUAUGUGUCAUGCCCAUGACAACUUCAAUGCUGGUUUUGCCUUGAUGACAAGAUUACAAGUCAUUUCAAGGAAGUCAGGGUCGAGC